AUGUCGAAAGUGAAAACGUUUACACGAAAACCCUCUCAGAAACGCAAAGAAUUCGAAAGUGAAAGUGAAUCUUCAGCACCCAAACGACGAGAACUUCCUUCUUCGGCAUCUGGGUUCAAAACACAAGACAUCGAUGCAAUGAAUGUUUCAUUCCAAGGAGUUUCAGCUAUGAACGUUGUUAUACCAGAUGUUGAAGUCGAAAACUUUCCGUAUGAAUAUAGAAAUUUUCUGAGAAAGCUGUUGACUACAUUGAGAAUUUCGGUUGAAGUUCAGACGUUUACUGACAGACGUUUGCUGAAAUCAAAAGAUUUGAAUGCUAACGUUAGUGGAAAUUUCGGAUGGUAG